UUCAGUUCAUCAAAUCACUAAUCAGCUAGGUCUUUACGAUAUUUGUUUUGUUACUUCGAUAUUUAACAAAGUUUCUUUCUAUAACACUACUAUGGCGAUUUUCAAGAUUAUUGUGUUGUUAUUAAGCUUGUUUUGUUUCUGUCAAACACAACUUUCUCCUACUUUCUACGAUCAAAGUUGUCCAAACGCUCUCUCAACCAUCCGAUCCUCAAUCCGAACCGCCAUCAGCCGUGAACGUAGAAUGGCUGCUUCUCUCAUCCGUCUCCAUUUCCACGACUGUUUCGUUAAUGGAUGUGAUGCAUCGGUCAUGCUCGUGGCAACUCCAACCAUGGAGAGUGAAAGAGAUUCAGUGGCAAACUUUCAAUCAGCCAGAGGAUUUGAAGUUAUUGAUCAAGCCAAAUCUGCUGUUGAGAGUGUAUGUCCUGGUGUCGUUUCUUGCGCUGAUAUCAUUGCCGUCGCCGCUAGAGACGCGUCUGAAUACGUAGGAGGUCCAAGAUAUGCAGUUAAGGUUGGUCGGAGAGAUUCCACCACUGCGUUUAGAGCUAUUGCAGAUAGUGGCGACCUCCCCAGUUUCAGGGCAAGACUAGACGACCUCAGUGAUCUCUUCCUUCGAAAAGGUCUAAACACUAGAGACCUCGUCGCUCUCUCAGGAGCCAUACCUUAGGACAAGCUACGUGCGUAACAUUUAAGGAAAGACUUUACGACAACUCGAGCGACAUUGAUGCCGGAUUCUCCAGCACACGUAAGCGUCGCUGUGCGGUCAACGAUGGAGAUACAAAUCUAGCACCUCUAGACCAAGUUACACCAAACUCGUUCGACAAUAACUAUUACAGAAACUUGAUGCAGAAGAAAGGACUUUUGGCGAGCGAUCAAGUUUUGUUUGGAAGCGGAGCUUCUACGGACAGUAUUGUGUCGGAAUAUAGCAGAAACCCUUCUAGAUUCGCGUCUGAUUAUGCAGCUGCAAUGAUCAAGAUGGGAGAUAUUCAGACACUCACUGGCUCAGCUGGACAAAUCCCGGAGAAUCUGCACUGCUGCUAAUUAAAGAUA